ACUCCUCUCAUUGGUCAAACCUGACUGUAUUUAAAUGCGUCAUUGUGUGAAAAAAAGUUUCGACCUUUGACUUGACAAGUUGCGUUAAGGGGAGAAAGAGAGAUGCGUAGAUCGACGAGUGGUUCAAGAGUUUCGGAUCAGUUUCCGGCGAAGACACCGUCUCCGCCUCGAUCUCAGAGUGUUACAGCUAUGGAAGAUGAUGAUGUGGAGCUGCUUCUGCCUAGGUACGACCCGAAUUCUCAAGCGGGGAAGAGAGAGAAUUCAAGAUUCAGAUCUGCAGAAAACGUCAUCCAUCUCAUUCCUCUCAUUCUUCUUCUCUGUGUCGUAAUCCUCUGGCUCUCCUCUCAUUCAGCAGGUUCAAGGAGUUGAGUUCAAAAGCAACAUGCUUGUCUUGUCUCCAUGGGAACUCAAUUUCAGUUUUGGGAAAGGAAACAACUUUUUUUACUGCCGGUGAAUUUGUGUCAACCAUACGUAACUCUUGCAUGUUUUGUUUUUUUUGUUCUUUACACAAACACAUGACUAAUAUCUCAUAUAGUCCAUUUUUUUUUUUUAAAUUUAAAUGUACAAUGUUUAGUUUGUAAUAAAAAUUUUCAACAUCACACAACUCAA